GAGAAAAAGAAAACACAAAGUAAGUGUGAGAAAUAGAGAGAAAUAGUCUCUCUUGAGUCUUUAAAUCAUGCAGCUGAAAUCAGCACCAUCAUCUUCUUCUUCUUCUUCUUCCUCAUCUUCAUCUUCAUCCAUGAAACUCAAAACCCUAAUCCAAAAUUUCCUCGCACACCCUCUCUACCGUUUCCUAAGAGCUCUCUCUCGAGCCAAGUCAAUCUUUCUAGAGAUCUCUAAACACAACAACAGCAAGAAACGAAAACUCAUGAUGUUUUUCCCAACAAAUGCUUCAAAGAAUCAACGCAAAAUAUUUUUUGGAUCUUUCAGAUUGCAUUACAACUGGUGUUCCUCUGAUGUUGUUCCUGUCCCUCAACCCUUCCCUUUUCCUGUCUCUGGCAUCAAUGGUGAAGAAGAUGACGAGUCUAACCUCUCUGGUUACCUCGAGUGGCUCGAACACAAGAAAGUCGAUGAUGUGGAAGAGAUCAGAAAUAUUUCAGCAGCCGAUGAUGAUGAUGAUAUUGAUCACUUGGCGGAUAUGUUCAUCGCUAAUUGCCACGAGAAGUUCUUGCUCGAGAAAGUCGAGUCCUACAGAAGAUUUCAAGAAAUGUUAGAAAGGGGUUUGUGAAUUAUCAGAGGUGAAACAUAGAUUUUUGAAUUUUUUGUCUUAUUAAUUAAUUAAUAAUCAUGCCGUAAAAUCUUAGCUAGUUGAUGAUCUGAUAAUAUACCACAAGGUGGUGAAAGUUGUAUCUUGAAAGUUUUGGGGGUAAUGUUCUAGAAGGUGAGUCUUUA